AUGUUCAAAAUCUCAGAAGAAAAACCACCUCUACCAGUAAUUCUGAAAAAUCUUGUUGUUGAGCUUUAUGAUGAGCAAAAGAAGCCGUCUUGCUUGAAGAGCGCACCAAACGUUGUAUUGCCAGGCUACGCUAAACUUUCACAGGGUCUUCUUUAUGUGCCCUUUGGACAUCAGUUGGCGAACAACACAUAUGUUAAAAUGAGCGCUCGAACUGCCGACAAAUCCGAUUACUGCGAAAAUGGCGAAAGCCAGGAAUGGUUUAUUCCGAACAAAUUUUGGUAA